AUGGAGGUAGACAUUGCCUCUUCUGCUCAAAGAGGUGACAAGUAUGCGGCACCAAGCGGGAAUCAGAAGCAUGCAAAAAUUGGUGUUAGGCAUCUAAUUGUUAAUGGCAUGGCUUUUUCUAGUAAGUGUAGUUUUUGUAUCGAAGAUUUUGUUGACAAGGCAGAGAGGAUACCAGCCUCGAGGGGUCUCCAAGGUCUCCUUAAUAAUUCUCCUAUGGAACGUUCGUGA